UUAUAAAUAACUUGUAGCGUUGCUUCUUCUCUACAACCACAGGUAUUCCCAUCGUAAUCUUUUAGAUAUAUACAGUAACUUCAACUCAAUUUUCGGUGAUUUCAAUUGUCAUUUGAGUAGCUAAGGCCAAAGCCAUGGCAUCCCUCCUCUUGUUACUGCUCCUGUCUCCCCUCUGCACCACCGCAGCCUCCAGCGGCGCUUACCCCACCAUCCCUGGCAGCAUGGACACCUCUUUCCCCGCUUCACAAGACAGCAAACUUAUCCCAAUCAGGCGUGAGGUGUAUGGUGAUGGGAGAAUAUUUGACAUAACCCACAGGUACACAAGCGACAUGCCGUCCAUGGGAUCAGAAAAUGGGCUGGGUCAGUUCCUGAGGCUCCCUGAAAGCAUGAAGAAUGGGUCCUUCGCCAACAUAUCGGAGAUGAAGUUGAUCACUCAUACUGGCACACACGUCGAUGCACCUGGACAUUACUAUGAUCAUUACUUCGAUGCUGGGUUUGAUGUGGACACUCUUGACCUUGAAGUACUUAAUGGUCCUGGACUAUUAAUUGAUGUUCCAAGGGGGACGAACAUAACUGCUGAAGUUAUGAAGUCCUUACAUAUUCCCAAAGGAGCUCGACGUGUUCUUUUCAGGACAGAAAAUACCGACAGGCGACUUAUGUUCAAAAAUCAGAUCGAUACAAGCUUUGUGGGAUUUACAACGGAUGGAGCAAAAUGGUUGGUAGACAACACUGACAUUAAGCUUGUUGGAAUUGAUUACUUAGCUGUUGCUGCUUGGAGUGAUUUGGUUCCAGCUCAUCUUGUCCUUUUGGAAAGCAGGGAAAUCAUCAUUGUGGAAGGCCUAAAACUCGAUGACAUCCAACCUGGUGUGUAUUCUAUCCAUUGCUUGCCUAUAAGAUUGCUCGGUGCCGAAGGAUCACCAACGCGAUGCAUUCUCAUCAAAUGAUAACUUUAUAUUCUUGAUGACAAGUAGUUUGGUAUCAGGAAAAUGAAGCAAACCAGUGGGUUCCAUUUGUUCCGAAUCUAUUUUCCGAGCCAGCGAAGGACAUCAACUAGUGUGCUGUUUUACCGACAAAACCCGGUAGAGGAAGGAUUGCUCAAGGCACAAAAAGAAAAACUGAAGCAAUGAACCCAUUGCAACCUGUUAAAUAUUCAAGAAUUUGUUAACCUUUGCUGCAUGCAUGAAGCCGUGAAUCCAUCGGGACAUUUGUUUCGUUCUCUUUUGCAUCUUGGUUGGUGGUCGCUUCUCAUGUCUCUGGAUACCUAGAAAUGCAGGUGGCAACAAAAGUUACACGGCGGAAACCCCUCCUUUUCUCCCUCUACCUUUUCUUUUCUUUUCUUUUCUUUUUUAACAAUCUCAAAUUUAAUUAUUUUUAGGAGCCCAAAUAAUUAUGAAUAUAGACGUGCAAGAGCUAAAUUUCAUAGUUUUAUUUGUGCUUUCACCCCUCAAUUUUAUUUUCUGUGCCGACUACAUAUUUGUUGAAGGAACCAUAAUGGAUAGAAGAAUGGAUUUACAAUUGUGUUGAGAUUUCAAGAGAUAAAGUUAUUGGGUCUCUUAUAAGAGAGCCUUGAGAUU